AUUGUGGAUGCUACUUUCUCUCAUGAUUCUCGAUGGGUAGCUGUUAGCAGUAAUCAUGGGACUACACAUAUUUUUCCUAUUACUGCUUAUGGGGGUCCGAUUACUGUUCGUACACAUACCCGACCUCACGUUGUGAAUCGUACUUCAAGAUAUCAUCGAUCGUCCGGCUUAGAAGAAUAUCAUCUAACUAGACCACAACCUGAAAGAAGUGCAACUGACCCAACUGUAUUCAGUUACAACGCUCCUAGUAACUCGAUUAAUAUCCCCUGUCACAUUCCCCAGUCUAGUUCUACGAAACAUCCUUAUUCUAUACGUAGUCAAUCGUCUGGUUUCACCUCUAAUUUAUCUCGAGCUACUUCAAAUUUUUGUCAAACCGCACCGAUUGCAGGUUUCGCACCUCAGUGCCCACAUUUAGGAUUCACAGCUUUGAAGACUCCGCUCAAGGAAAGCCCUGACUGUUGUCUCAAUGAAGAAAAUCCCGGUCCAUUUUCUUUAGAAGAAUCCAGUGGUCAUCAUGUUUCUGGUUCACGAAAUUUUGUUUCUGACCAACAAGCUAUGCUGUUUUUAAAUAGUGAAGGAUUAUGUGCUUGUCCACCAAACGCCCUAUAUAACACUACUAAUUCUCGAUUACCUCCCUAUCCAGAACCUUGUAGAGUUAAAGCUGAAGCAAGAUUGAAGCCAUCCAUUGGGAACAGUGUGACUUCUAUUGCUCGAAGCGCUGCAAGUAGUGCUUUUGAAGCGGUAACACCUGUGAAAAAUGUAAACACAGGAUUAGUCAAUCGUCAUACAUCAUCUGUGAAAUCAUGUUAUUCUGAGCCUAAUAAUGUUUACUGCCCUGAAUUAUGCACAUAUACACAAUUACCAGUUAGUAGUAGUAGUAGUGGUACAGCAUCUCGUUCUUCUUUCUAUUCACGUAAGCAUAAUCGACGUCAGAGAAAUGGACAAUCACUUCAAAAUUUAGAUCAAGAAAUAUCCAGUCCAACAAGUAAUAGUGUUAGAGCGGCACGUUUUGGACCUCCGGUGUGUUUCCUUCCUAAUCAACCUCGUCUAAAUAAUCUAUCUGCUGAGUUUCGUAGCGAUCCAUAUGUCGGAAAAUCUCGUGCUGUAGACGCAUUGUUUAUCCUGACAGCAGAUCUUCGCUUAAUAGAAUACGAUUUAUGCGUUAGUGCAGAGGAUACAACUACAGUCGGUGGUAAAUUAUAUCAGG